UAAUUAAGCUGCAAUGACAGGACAGUGGUCUGUCCAUAGCAGUGGUACAAUCCCAACGUUGAAUUGUUCACACCACUUAGAUUAGCAGGUUGGGGAAGGAUAGCAUUAGGGAGACAUUUAUGCAGUUACCGGCCACGACGGCUGGUGUUGAGCCUUUAUUUGUGUAAAAUCGGAGGACUCACAAACACAGCAGCACGCCUCGACACAUACUGUUACACGCAAAUAACUAAUGCAUAGCCUACAUGUAGGUCCUAGACACCAUUGGUAUGAAUGAGGAUGUGGUGUGAAUAGGAAGGCUCCGCCUCGCGCAAGCUGUGCGACUGGAGAGGAUGCGGGUUGGUGGAGGUUUAAGGCAUGGGUUUAAGGUGAUGCUGGUUGUUUUUAUUAUUGUGUGAAGAAGAGCUGACCUCCACACAGCUCCACCUUUCGUUUGUGCCAAAAUGAUCAAAUCGAGCGCAGCUACUUUUCUUGUGUUUCCUGUGCGCUUUACCGAAUGACCAAACAGCAGACGCUCAGUAGUUAAGGUGGUAUGUGCUGGAUAAGAUAACAUGCGUACAAAUGAUCUUUCUGUCCAUUUAAAACAAAUUAUUAUUUUAAAAAGUGUAAUCUUACUUUCACAUCUCCUAUCUUUGAAUCGCCUCAGAUAAAUACAAACAUUGUUUUUAUUUAUAAAAGGAAUUGGUGUAACGGCUCCACCUUAAAUGUUGGUGUCCAAUCUGUUCGCGUCCACUGUAUAUGAGGCAGUAAGCAGAGGCUUUCUUCAUCUGUCGUACGCUUGAAUCAAUAUGUGAAAAUAGUCAGGCUGGCACUGUACAUUUUUACAAAGCCGAUGUGAAUGUGACUGCUGUGUUUAAUAUCAUCGUGAUUCGUCACGGCGAAGAGGCUUUCUAAAUCGUCCAUCAUAACCACUGUGGCUCAGAGCGCCCCCCAGAGGCCCUCCGAGGCGAGGCGGACCACCGGCACCACGGGUACCACCAUGAUGGAGGGGGGGAUGCAGCUGCUGAACCGCGACGGCCACACCAUCUCGCACAACUCCAAGCGGCACUACCACGACUCGUUCGUCUGCAUGAACCGCAUGCGGCAGCGCUCGCUGCUCUGUGACAUCGUGCUGCACGUGUCCAACAAGGAGAUCAAGGCACACAAGGUGGUGCUGGCGUCAUGCAGCCCCUACUUCCACGCCAUGUUCACCAGUAAGUCUGUCACACCAAGUUCACCAGUAACACUGUCACGCCAUGUUCACCAGUAAGUCUGUCACGCCAAGUUCACCAGUAACACUCUCACGCCAUGUUCACCAGUAAGUCUGUCAGGCCAUGUUCACCAGUAAGUCUGUCAGGCCAUGUUCACCAGUAAGUCUGUCACGCCAUGUUCACCAGUAAGUCUGUCACGCCAAGUUCACCAGUAACACUCUCACGCCAUGUUCACCAGUAAGUCUGUCAGGCCAUGUUCACCAGUAAGUCUGUCAGGCCAUGUUCACCAGUAAGUCUGUCAGGCCAUGUUCACCAGUAAGUCUGUCAGGCCAUGUUCACCAGUAAGUCUGUCAGGCCAUGUUCACCAGUAAGUCUGUCAGGCCAUGUUCACCAGUAAGUCUGUCAGGCCAUGUUCACCAGUAAGUCUGUCAGGCCAUGUUCACCAGUAAGUCUGGACCGGACAGGCUACAGAUCCUGAGCUUCUCUUAGCCCCUGCAGUGUUAGGGCUGAGGGCGGUCUACUAAUGUUCUUAAUCUUAAUACAAUAAAUAAAUUGAUGUCGGUAUGAACCUGUAAAGCGCACAGGGGAUAAAGACGUCCACAUGCUUCAGGGUUUGGUGGCGUGCAGUUCUAGGCUCCGCUGGUGGGAGGCGGGUGUCAGAUGAU